AGACGUCCCCGCCCCGAUUCCACUGCGUCACACCCACUUCCAUGUAACCAAUAGACGUUGAGAGUAAACCGUCACUCACGAUUCUCAUUAACGUCGGUGGCUCGAGAUUGUUGUCUGCUUAAGGCCAAAAGCCAAACCCCGGAAGGUCCUCUUCUGCACAGCUUUAUUUGCAGUCUGUAGUUGCCAUUAUUCAACAUGAGGACAAGAGCUGUGCCAAUGAAAGUCAAAGAAGCCAUUAUGAGGCUCAAACACAGGAAUAAAACCUUCAGAGACAUCGGCAUACCCUUAGGACGACUGAAAUCAACCAUCUGGAAUAUCAUGAAGAAAAUAUGAAUGCACUGGGAGUCCUGAAAGGUUGGCAUGGCAGGAAGCAAAGCUGCAGAGGUGAUUAGAAGCUGGAAGACCAAACUAAUUGAUGCUCUCAUCGCUGAUCCCGACUGUAUACUGCAGUAUACAGAUAUGCACAGCAUCAUAACUUGGCGUGAAUAUCAGAGAAUCAAAGCCAUCAGUGAUCCGUCUCUUCAAAUCCGAGACCUGCUGGACUGUGUGAUUGGCAAAGAGCAAAGCUUUUGCUUGCGCUUUCUGGAAGUUCUGAAGCAAGAGGAUGUCCAGAGUACUUACCCAAAGCUUUCUUUUGUCAAGGAAGUGAAGUUGGAAGAGCAGAAGAAUAAAGAUAAAGUGAAUCCAGAGAACAAAUGUAGAUUGGAACAAGAUAAAUCAACUGAAGAGGAUUCCUUGACAGAUAAAGUGAAUCCAGAGAACAAACGUAGAUUGGAACAAGAUAAAUCAACUGAAGAGGAUUCCUUGACAGGUAUUUACAACAUGAUGAAUCCAGAGAAGAAACCAAGAUUAGAUCAAGUUGACGUAACUCAAAUUGUUGCAGUGAGAGGUGCCGAGCUUGUUACCGAGAAGCAGCUAGUGACUUUAGCUGGCAACAUCGGCAGAGAGUGGAGGGAUGUGGGGAGACUCCUUCUGGACAUCCCCAGUUACAGACUGGACCAACUUGAGGAGGAGUACAGACGAGAGCACAAGGAAAAGGUCUUCAGAAUGUUCCUAAGCUGGAGAAGAAGAGAGAGAGAGAAGGCUACGAGGGGCAGGCUACACCAGCUUCUUCUGCGUCAUGACUCCCCGGUUCAUCUAGAGAGCUUUGAUUUCCUCUUAGAGCCUCAGUGAUGUUCUGUCUUUGCAUGAUUGUGUUCUGUUUACGUGGUUGGUUAUGGAUUUUUGUGUAAUAAAGUUUAUGCCAUGUUUGCUGUA